CGACCUUCAAUUGCAUGGGUUGAACGACAUGAAUACAAUCUGUAGACUAACAAAAGCUUGCAUCAGAUGGCAGUAAAAGCAGCAUAUCUACAGUUCGAGCUAUACAUGUCAAAAGAAGAAGAGUUACCUACAAUACUAAACAAUAUUUGUUGCCAUCCAUAGCUUACCUCAAUAUUAGUGUAUGAUCAUAACCAGCAUUAUCAUGCACUGCAACUUGCUCGGGUUGCUAUCCCCUUAACAAAAAGUACGUAUACUCUAAGCUUAGAGCAAAAGGCAAACAGCAGACGCUUAUUUCUGUCUCUAGGUUUCAACUUGGCUCGGAUGUUUACUAUCUAAAGAUGAUCCAUAAGCCUUACACCUGCUGGUACAUGAUGUCCUGGAAACUGAUUGCAUAUCGAUGUGUUUAUGAUAUUUUGCAGAGAUUGUGCAAAAGGCUUUUUAUGAAAAAUUAUGGAAUGGAAUGAAAAUAAUAUGCUGACGUCACCUGUAUGUUUGAAGUAUUUCUCCUUCUUUUUUCACUCAUCAUGACCACAAAUAAAAGGAAGCAAAAGGAAAUCACGUUGCAGUCAGCACCAAUUAGCAGCAAGAGAGCCUGUCUCGGGAACCUUCCUGGGAACACCGUUUUAACCAAGGAUCUCGCUAGAAAGUUAAAGGCGCCUGAUUUCAUUGCUACUUUAGAGGUACGAGAAUGGAAGCAGGAGGUUUCCUUGGCUCGCUCUUAUUUUCAGCAUACAGAUAUGCCGGAGAGCACAUCAAAGCAAUUAAUGACAGUAUUAAAUGGAACCCUUCACAGAAUAAUCAACAAUAAGGAUGCAGAUGCAAAGUUGAAGAAUUACAGUACUGCUCUUAUUCGACAAUUCAAAACUGAAAAAAGCAAACAGAAACUUAACAUGGAAUACAGGAAGCUUCUCAACGACUAUCGACUUGGAGAGCUUGAAGAAAAAGCGCAGACUGAAGCUCGUUUUACCAGCCGGAUCCUCACGACAGUUGAAGCCAAAGCUCACAGGAAGAACAUGCAGCGUAGACUGGAUCAGCUGUUUAACGAUGAUGAGACUGAAGAAGACACAAAUGAUGCAGGACAGUUAGACUUGACGAAUCGUUUGGAAUACGAAGAAGAUCCUCUUAGUGAAGAAGAAACAGCAGAUAUACAGGCAAGUCAGUCUGUUGUAGAUUUCUGUAUUCACUAGAGUAUGAGAAAUGCAUAUUUUAAUACCAAAUUUUGACUUUAGCCAUUUGCAUCUGCACGAUCAUUCACUGAUGAGCAUGAAACUGGUAACGCCAUUAAUGCUUCUAACGUCCAUAAUGAUGAAGAAGAGGAGGAGGAGUUCCCAACUCUGAAGGUCGUUAAAGAG